AUGGCGGCGGCGCGGCGCGUGCAGGUGGUGCUGGGCCAGCUGGCCGCGCCGGCCGGGAGCCGCGGCGGGCCCGCGCCGCGGGCCCCCAGCCCCGACGAUGUGGUGGUGGUGCACGGGCGGAGGACCGCCAUCGGUCGCGCCAAGCGGGGCGGCUUCAAGGACACUACACCUGAUGAACUGUUAUCUGCUGUUAUGACAGCUGUCCUUCAAGAUGUCAAUCUUCCUCCUGAAGCUCUGGGAGACAUCUGUGUGGGAAACGUGCUGCAGCCUGGAGCUGGCGCUUUGAUUGCAAGAGUGGCACAGUUUCUAAGUGGCAUUCCAGAGACGGUGCCAUGCUCAAGCGUGAACCGGCAAUGCUCCUCCGGGCUGCAGGCCAUCAUCAAUAUAGCUGGUGGCAUCCAAAAUGGAUCCUAUGACAUUGGCUUGGCCUGUGGGGUGGAAACGAUGUCCCUCAGAAGUGCAAAUAACCCCGGGGAUAUCAGCACCAGCAUAAUGGAGAACAGCAAAGCUCGAGAUUGCCUCAUUCCUAUGGGAAUAACCUCAGAAAAUGUGGCAGAGAAGUUUGGAGUUUCCCGAAAGAAGCAGGAUGCCUUUGCUUUGGCUUCCCAACAAAAAGCGGCAAAAGCUCAGCAGCUGGGACUGUUCAAAACUGAGAUUGUUCCAGUGAAGACCACUGUUUUAGAUGAUCAGGGCAACCAAAAAACAAUCACUGUGGACCAAGAUGAAGGGAUCAGGCCCUCCACGACCCUGGAAGGCUUGGCAAAGCUGAAGCCUGCUUUCAAAGAGGAUGGCAGCACUACAGCAGGUAACGCCAGCCAGGUGAGCGAUGGAGCGGCGGCAGUGCUGCUGGCACGGCGCGCGGCGGCGGCGCGGCUGGGGCUGCCGGUGCUGGGCGUGCUGCGGGCCUUCGCCGUGGUGGGAGUGCCGCCCGCCGUCAUGGGCAUCGGCCCCGCCUGCGCCAUCCCCGCAGCCCUGCGCAAUGCAGGCCUGACUCUGGAUGACAUUGAUAUAUAUGAAAUUAAUGAAGCCUUUGCCAGCCAGGCUGUGUACUGUGUGGAAAAGCUGGGCAUUCCUAUGGAGAAGGUCAACCCUCUGGGAGGAGCAAUAGCACUGGGGCACCCACUUGGCUGUACUGGAGCUCGUCAAGUGGUCACUUUGCUCAACGAAUUGAAGCGCAGAGGGAAGAGAGCGUAUGGCGUCGUGUCAAUGUGCAUCGGGACGGGCAUGGGCGCUGCUGCUGUCUUUGAGUACCCAGGGAACUAAACUCAGCACCUCACACUCUGCCUUCUGCAGUAACAGCAAAUGAUUUGCACUGUGAAAUCAAGUGGAUUUGGGAGUUCACAGCUUGACCUACAAAUUUUAGGCACUAUUUGCAAAGUAGAAUAAAUGGUAUGGAUCUACUAAACAGGUGGGAAAAUGCAAACCCGGCAUUUGCUUCAGAGUUAAAAAGCACCUCAAUGUGAGAAGUUCAGCUGCAGUUUAACUACAGGCCCUUGUCUGGUGAUCAAUGAAUAUUUCCAAUUUAACUGACCCAUUCAUUCUGUGGCUAUUACCAGAGAGAAAUAGUUCAUGGUACAGUAGUUUUGUGUGACAAAUUGUUCAAAAGGGUCACUCAGAACAUCAGUGCCCAUGAAAAGGCUUUUCCAGGAUUUUCUUAAAAGAUUUCACCAUCAUGCAAGAACUCUAGAACAGCUUGUUUAGAAAGCAGUGCAAAGGCUGAGCAUCAUUUCCCUUAGAGCUCUGUGGCAGAAUCACAGAAUUAUUGGUUGGAAAAAGACCUUUAGGGUCAUUGAGUCCAACUGUUCCUGCAGCACUGCCAUGGCCACCACUAAAUCAGAUCCCUCAGCUGCACAGCUUUGGAAUCCUUUCAGGAAUGAAGACUCCACCACUGGCCUGGGCAGCCUCUGCAAGGGCUUGGCAACCCUUUUGGGGAAGAAAUUGUGCCUAAUACCCAAUCUAAACCUCCUAUGGUGCAACAGACACCCACUGUGGCCACAACCUCUUGUCAGAGCGAUCCCGAGAGCGAGAACAUCUCCCCUCAGCCUCCUCCUGACUAAACAUCCCCCAGGUCCCUCAGCUGCUCCCUGUCAGACUAGUUCUCCAGACCCUUGCUCGAGCCCCUUAGUGUGCCUCUGAGAAUGAGGGGCCCAACACUGAACACAGCACUUAAGCUGCAGCCUCACCAGGGCCCAGCACAGGAGGACAGUCCCAGGAGGGUGACAUGUGAAUGCCUGCCAUGGGUGCACAGCUCACGCCUGUCCUGUCCACAGCAUCACUGGUCCAUGUCUGAGAUAGUGCCUGUGCUGGAUGAGGGGCUGUGGCUUCCUGCUUCCAGCAGAGCUGCUCUGAAGCCUCUGCAGUGGAAGGACUCGGUCACUUACACAGGAGGUACCUGAAUAGAAAGGUUCCCUGAAUAGAAAAGUGCUGCUUCUUUGCCAGAAGCCAGGAAUUUGGCAGUGGCCAUUCCAUCUUUUACAACACAUUUCUAAGUAUCAACUUGCUGACUUUCAGAGGACAAGCUUAUACUUAAUAAUAUUUACUUACCUAACAAAAAAGAGAUUUCAGCAUUACUCUCACUGCAAGCACUACAUGGCCAUCCCAGCCACAGCCACAGUGCUGACACAAAUGUGUGUUGCAUUGUACAAAGUUCUCUCUCGUGAGCAGAAAUAUCACUGAAACUCAGAGCCAACAGCUUGAAAAAGAAAUGUGCUUAGUGUCCUUGUCCUGUUAGAAAAGUUAACAUUUGUAACACAGACUGCAGAUCUUUGCCUGGCUUUCAUUUUUGUACUUAAUAAUACAGUUGAGUUCUUGCAAUGUA